AUGGAGUCUAUAUUAGAUGUCAAGGUAAUUGUAUCUCUAGCAGCAGUUUUUAUCACUUGCUGUGUACUUCUGUUGUUAAGGAGGAAUCAGCAUGCUGCUCACAGUGUCUCAAGAGGGGGUAAGCUGGCAAAUGCAAAGGGGUUGAAAUCACAGAAGAGCAUUGUAGUGGCGGGGCCUUCACAUUCUGGGAAGACUACAUUAUUUACGAGAUUGACCACCGAGUCGUUUAGAAGUUGUGUUCUAUCUCAAGAACCUUCUAUAAAACACGAUUAUCUACCAGGCCACACUAACUUACUUGAAUUCCCUGGGCACGUCAAACUUAGAUAUAAGUUGUUUGACUUCUUGAAGGGGAACAAAAACGUGAAAGGUGUUGUCUAUGUCGUUGAUUCGACAGUGGAUCUCAAAGAAUUGACGAAUACGGCAGAGUUUUUGGUUGACGUCUUGAAUGUCACAGAAAAUUCAAAUCCUGCCAUCGAUGUUUUAAUCGCAUGCAAUAAAUUUGAUUUCUUCACGGCAAGACCUCCCGCAAAGAUCAAGCAGGCCAUAGAAAGGGAAAUUGGACAUAUCAUCACCAGAAAGAAGAAAUCGCUGAAUGAAGUAAAGAAGAAUGGUAACUCUGAAGAUGUUGAUGGCGGGGACAGUGAUGAUGAGGAAGACAGUCUUCCCCUGUUCUCACAGGUACAAUAUUCUGGAUCCUUUAACUUUGAGCAGUUAGAGGGAACUGUUGAGUUCAUAAGUGGGAGCGCGAUGAAAAAUAAAGUAGACGGGUGGUGUGAUUGGAUGUCCGAAUUGUCUUGA